AUGUCCCUCCCAACCCCGCGCCUCCUCCCUGAGCAUUUGCAUGCCUUUCUCCCAGGCCCCAACAUCUCAGGACCGAGCACAAUCCGCAUCCUAGGAACAGUAACCGCACUGCGUGGCGAACAUGCGACCAUCAAUUGCGGCAACCAUGGGGAUGUCACAUUAAUUUUGAACCGCGAGGCGCACUUACAGUUGGGCAGGAUGGUGGACGUUGUGGGGAAAGUUACGCAGUUGGAUGGGGGCCUUGCUGUAAAGGUUUUGAAUGCAGUGGAUUGUGGCGAUCCAAAGGAGAUUAACUACAAAAUCUACGAACAGGUCGUCGAAGUUACACAUCGGGUUAAAGAAAUCUUCUAUUAA